AGUUGACUUUUGCUAUGGGUCCUUCCCGAAAAGAAUUCUUGAUCUUGGGCUACCUCCUUGCAGGGUCCUGCAUAAUCUCCUGCCAGAGUUUGCUUCCCGCUAUUCUCCCAAACGAAGAGCAAAUGGUUGUGCAGCUGAAUGGCCCCUUCACGUUGAAAUGUUCUGGAGACAGCGAAGUCAGCUGGCAACAUCCCAUCCCGGAAGGCAACCAUUCCAUAACCAUCAGAAACGAAGAGAACAACAGUGGCCUUUUCGUGACUGUCCUUGAAGUAACAAACGCUUCAGCUUCUCUCACCGGAUUAUACAUUUGUUAUUAUAAUCACUCUCAGGAGGAAGAUGGAGAGGUGGAGGGGAAAGAGAUCUACAUUUUUGUGCCAGAUCCAGCCGUUCCCUUUGUCCCAACCUCCCCAGAAGAUUUGUUCAUUGUUGCCAGCGAGGAAGACAAUUCUUCAAUUAUCCCCUGUCGCACGACUGAUCCUAACACUCAAGUCACUCUAAUGAACAGAGAAGGAAAAAUUCUCUAUGCCUCUUAUGACAACAGGCUGGGCUUCAUUGGAAACUUCUCUUUGGGGUCCUAUAUAUGCAAGACAACAGUCAAAGCAAUCGAAUUCGAGUCCGGAGAAUUUUUCAUCUAUGUUUACAAAGCUCCAUCGUACCUUCAUGUUGAAAUUGAGUCUCCCAAGACUGUAUAUAAAACAGGAGAAACCAUUUCUGUUACUUGUGUGGUCUUGGAUAAUGAAGUGGUGAACCUAGAGUGGAAUUAUCCAGGGAAAGCGAAAAAUAAAGGAAUAAUCACCCUUGACGACAUCAAAAUUCCAACCCAGAAGCUGAUUUAUAAUUUAACCGUCCCAGAUGCAUCGGCAAAGGACAGCGGAGAUUACGAGUGUGCUGUCCGACAUGUGACCAAGGAUUUUAAGAAAAUGGAAAGGAUAGCCAUCUAUGUCCAUGAUAAAGGGUUCAUUCAUUUGGAACCCCAUUUCAAGCCCACGGAAGCUGUCAAUCUGCACGAAGUCAAAAACUUCGUAAUUUAUGUCCACGCGUACCCAGAGCCUAAAUUGUUUUGGCUGAAGGACAACGUCACUCUGAUGGAGAAUCUCACAGAGAUUGUAACCAGUUCCAAGCAAAUCCAAGAAACAAGAUAUCAGAGUGUAUUAAAAUUAAUUCGUGCCAAGGAAGAAGACAGUGGCUAUUAUACACUAGUAGCACAGAAUGAGGAUGAAAUCCAAAGAUACACUUUCUCUUUGCUCAUACAAGUUCCAGCUUUAAUUCGAGACCUGGUAGAUAAUCACCAUGGCUCUUCUGGGCAGACAGUCAAAUGUUUGGCAGAGGGCACACCCCUCCCCGAUGUGGAAUGGCUAGUUUGCAAGGACAUUAAAAAAUGCAACAAUGACACCUCAUGGACUCUCCUGACCAACAAUAUCUCUGAUGUCACGGUGGAGACUCAUCUCGAUGAAAGGAACAUGGUAGCCAGUCAGGUGACUUUUCAGAAGGUGGAAGAAAUAAUGGCCGUUCGCUGUAUGGCAAAGAAUGACCUUCGGACUGUUACAAGAGAACUGAAGCUUGUGGCUCCUACAUUAAGAUCGGAACUCACUGUGGCUGCUACUGUCCUGGUCCUCCUGGUGAUUGUAAUAAUUGCGCUGAUUGUCUUGGUAAUCAUCUGGAAACAGAAACCCAGAUAUGAGAUCAGAUGGAGAGUCAUUGAGUCUAUCAGCCCCGACGGCCAUGAGUACAUCUAUGUGGACCCUAUGCAACUGCCCUACGAUUCAAGAUGGGAAUUCCCUAGAGACGGACUAGUGCUAGGUCGAAUCCUUGGUUCUGGAGCUUUUGGGAAAGUAGUCGAAGGAACAGCCUAUGGAUUAAGCCGGUCACAACCAGUGAUGAAAGUAGCUGUGAAGAUGUUGAAACCAACCGCAAGAUCCAGCGAAAAGCAGGCUCUCAUGUCCGAAUUAAAGAUAAUGACUCACCUUGGCCCCCAUUUGAACAUCGUCAACCUCUUAGGAGCUUGCACAAAAUCAGGUCCAAUAUACAUCAUAACAGAAUACUGUUUUUAUGGAGACUUGGUGAACUACCUCCAUAAAAAUAGGGAUAACUUUCUGAGUCGACAUCCUGAAAAAGCAAAGACGGAUCUGGACAUCUUUGGCAUUAAUUCUGCAGAUGAAAGCACUAGAAGCUAUGUCAUCCUGUCCUUUGAAAAUAACGGUGAAUAUAUGGACAUGAAACAAGCUGACACAACUCAGUACGUGCCUAUGUUAGAAAGAAAAGACAGGUCAAAAUACUCUGACAUCCAGAGAUCUUUGUACGACCGCCCUGCUUCAUAUAAGAAAAAAUCCAUAUUGGAUGGGAAGAAUCUGCUUUCUGAUGACAAUUCAGAAGGCCUCAGUUUGUUGGAUCUGCUGAGCUUCACCUACCAAGUAGCCCGAGGAAUGGAAUUCCUGGCUUCAAAAAACUGUGUGCACCGUGAUCUGGCGGCACGAAAUGUCCUCUUAGCACAAGGAAAAAUUGUGAAGAUCUGUGACUUUGGGUUAGCAAGAGACAUUAUGCAUGAUUCCAACUAUGUUUCCAAAGGCAGUACCUUUCUUCCAGUGAAAUGGAUGGCACCUGAAAGCAUCUUUGACAACCUGUAUACCACAUUAAGCGAUGUCUGGUCCUAUGGCAUUCUGUUAUGGGAAAUAUUUUCUCUUGGUGGGACCCCAUACCCUGGCAUGAUGGUUGACUCCACCUUCUAUAAUAAAAUAAAAAGUGGCUAUCGGAUGACAAAACCAGACCAUGCUACCUGUGAGGUGUAUGACAUCAUGGUGAAAUGCUGGAAUAGUGAGCCUGAAAAGAGACCUUCUUUUUACCACUUGAGUGAAAUAGUUGAGAGUCUGCUGCCUGGUGAAUACAAGAAGAGUUAUGAUAAAAUUCACUUGGACUUCUUAAAGAGUGACCAUCCUGCCGUCACACGCAUGAGAGUGGACUGUGAUAAUCCAUAUAUUGGUGUCACUUACAAGAAUGAGGACAAACUGAAGGACAGGGAGAGUGGAUUUGAUGAACAAAGACUCAGUGCAGACAGUGGCUAUAUAAUCCCACUACCUGAUAUUGACCCUGUAUCAGAAGAUGAACUGAGCAAAAGGAACAGGCACAGUUCUCAGACGUCCGAGGAAAGUGCCAUCGAAACUGGAUCCAGCAGUUCUACGUUUGUGAAGCGAGAAGACGAGACCAUCGAUGAUAUUGACAUUAUCGAUGACAUUGGCAUGGAUUCCUCAGAACUCGUUGAGGACAGCUUCCUGUAACUCUGGAAAGUAGAGUGGACAACUUUUGAGCUGUGCAAAACAAAAGAGAAAAGAGGAAGAUCAAGAUAUAACUCGUGAACUUUCAAUUUGGUUAGGAAAACCACUCCAAAACAGAAGACCUGCCAAUGUUUGUGUCUCCACAAGUGGUCACAGAAGCUCCCUUGGUUCGUGGAAGACUUUGAAAAGCCAGUUUCCAAGCAUCCUUCUUCUUUGAAGUACUCCAUAGUAGCAGUUCAGUCUUGUUUGCUGUUUCAGUAGAUGGAUGAAUAAAAGGAAAAGGCCACGGAUACUGCAGUUUGUGUUUCAAGGGCAUUCAUAACUCAGAUGGAUAAAAUUUCUACUACGGUGAAUCAUUGUCAGUGUGAUUGUAUAAAUACCUACCAGGUAUUUCCUACCAGGAUAUCUUAUUUUUUUUUAAAAGAAGACCACUUAAGACUUUGGCAUUUUUUUUUUUACUUCCUUAAGUUUAUAUAAGCUGCUGGUGGAUUAUCACCUGAGGUGAAUGACAUAUUGAAAAGUAACCACUUUGGAAAAGCACGAAAUGGAUUAACACGAAGUAAUGUUUUAUUUUUUACAGAUAAUGCAAACAAAAAGGGAACGGCAGGUAUUUCCAAAAUAUAUUCAAUAGCUUAUUAAAUCAAACGAGAUUCCCCCCUCAUAACCAUAGAGGAAUAGUUCUUUAUCUACUGUUCUCAGUAUUACUAAGUAUAGUUUAUAACUACUUCUUGUCCUUUGUUAAAACGCAGUACUUAAAGUCACUACUAACAAACUAAAUCAUUUUAGGGUUUAAAUAUUUACACAAAAGGCUCUUCUAUUUGACUGUUUUGGUAAAUUAAACCUAGUGUAGGAAGUAGGAUUAGAAAGUGUUUUCUGAGGAGUCUAGAUAUUAAUUUGCCUUCCUUAACAGAACAGCUUUCUUAAUACAGCGGCUAACAUGCUAGUAAGACUUCACUAGCAGAAACUGAUUUUGCAGAAUAUAGAAAUCUGAAAAUGUAUUUUUAAUAAAUGUAAUACAUUUACAAUCAAAUUAUUGUACAAUAGAAAUAGGUGACCAAUUAAUAAGGCUGCUUGAAGCAUUGAGGAAUGAUGGUACACAUUUUAAAAAUUUUUUGGGUGUGUGUGUGUGGUAUACUUGUAACUUGGAUGAUUGGAUACAGCAGCUGAUCUUUCUGAACAAGUUUUUUUUUCCCCCUGAGCCUGAAAUUUCCAGUUGCGUAGCUACUUUGUGCAAAAACGUUUUCGUUCUAAAGGAAUUUUCCUACGAAAAUUAGCAAGUUUUGUUUUUCCUGCAAUUUCUCCGAUGGGCAUUGAAUCAAAGUAUACUCCAUGCAUGCAGUAGACUUAAAAAACACAGGUCUGCCUAAAUUCUGUAGAUUUAGUGGAAAAAAGUAUGCCGCUGCAUUUGUAAAAUGUCAAUCAGGUAGCAUUAAUUCUUCUUUUAUAUAUUCUGAGAUAGGUUUAAUAUUACUCUUUUCUUAAUCUGCCUUUUUAAUACAUGUGGUAGAGUGUCAAAUUAUUGUAUGAUUUAUAGUGGAAUCCUAUUCACGUCUACGUAAAAGUAAGCCCCCCAUCAGGAUGUUGGCUUACUUCCAGAUCGGUGCAUAUAGGAUUGUAGCUUUUAGGCUGUGAUUUUUGUCAGAGGGUCUGUGGAAAUAAUAAACUGGAACCGGUCUGUAUAAAUAAAGACUGGGAGCGUAUGGUGCACACAAGACGAAAUCCCAUAAUUACGAAAAAAUUCAGUCUGGAGUUUUGUAAAGAGAAAAAUAAGAAAGCGUACUUGCUUAGAAGAAUCUGCUCUUGGUUCUGAAAGCGAAGUUGCAUGCAAGUCUAUAUGUGCAAUUUUCUGAAUUGGCUCAACGGUGGAAGCAAAAAAAACCCCAAAAACCUUGGCAUGUUGUGAAAGGCAUUUGGCAUACAAUUACACUCACCGCAAAGCUCCGACUCAAUAGAUGGAGCAGAGACUUGGCAUUAAGAAAAUGUUGCCCGUGUGCCAGUCUGAAGCGUUGAUGGAUCUCCUGUUCAAUCUAUGUUCCCAAAGUACUCUUAAUGAUCCUGCAAAGGUCCCAGAGAGACCAUUGCUUGAAGCAAUAUGUCAAUCGCUUCUCUGGCUAGAAUUUAUGAUAGUAAAGAGCAGCAUAUAAAUAAGAUCCUGAGUUGGCAAGGCUGUUUUAGAGACAGUGUUGUGUUUAUGCUAAGCUCUGUGCUUGGUCCUUGGGCUGAGAAGCCCCCCUUCAGAACUUAUCUACAAGGUGAAGGAGUGUUUUGGGUCAUCUCAAUGAUGAUUCAGCAACGCGACUGCUCACUUGAUUCUGAAGGUUAUCUGAAAUGCCAGAUGAUGCUUUAAUUUAGUGGAAUAGAAUAGAAUAGAAUAGAAUAGAAUAGAAUAGAAUAGAAUAGAAUAGAAUAACAGAGUUGGAAGGGACCUUGGAGAUCUUCUAGUCCAACCCCCUGCCCAGGCAGGAAACCCUACACCACUUCAGACAAAAGGUUAUCCAAUAUCUUCUUAAAAAUUUCCAGUAUUGGAGCAUUCGCAACUUCUGCAAGCAAGUUAUUCCACUUAUUAAUUGUUCUAACUGUCAGGAAAUUUCUCCUUAGUUCUAAAUUGCUUCUCUCCUUGAUUAGUUUUCAUCCAUUGCUUCUUGUUCUACCCUCAGGUGCUUUGAAGAAUAGUUUGACUCCUUCUUCUUUGUGGCAAUCCCUGAGAUAUUGGAACACUGCUAUCAUGUCUCCCCUAGUCCUUCUCUUCAUCAAACUAGACAUAACCAGUUCCUGCAACCGUUCUUCAUAUGUUUUAGCCUCCAGCCCCCUAAUCAUCUUUGUUGCUCUUCACUGCACUCUUUCUAGAGUCUCAACAUCUUUUUUACAUCGUGGCGACCAAAACUGAAUGCAAUAUUCCAAGUGUGGCCUUACCAAGGCAUUAUAAAGUGCUAUUAACACUUCACCUGAUCUUGAUUCUAUUCCUCUGUUUAUGCAGCCCUCUCACAGUUACUACUAUAAAUGAUCUCUCCAAGCAGAAAGCAUGAUUCAGCCCACAUUAAGUUCUUGGAAGGUGUCCAUGGAGAUUCUCAGUCAUCCAGGUCAUAAUUGUCCCAAAGGUGCUUUUUGAGGAGGCAACUGGACUUUCUUGUUUUUUCUUUGAAGACGUUGCGUUUCUCAUCCAAGAAGAUUCUUCAGCUCUGAAAAAGCAGUCCAAAUUGCCUCUUGAAAAAAAACCCCACCUUUGGGACAUUCUUGAAAGAUGUUGAACUCAACAAAUGAUAGUUAGAUGCAUUCUCAAGGAUCUCCAAUAACAACGGCUGAUGUAACAAUAAAUAAAUAUUUCAUUGUAUAUUAUUCUGGAUCUGCCCAACAUCACUGCACCAAAUAAGUAAACCCAAAUUUUCUAGUGAUCUACCACUACUUCUCUCUGGGCCAGUCUAAUUAAUUACAAGUGGGUUGAGAUCAGAUGCAGACUCCCAAUAUCUUAUUUAGCAUGUACCUUCAUCAAGUGUUCGCAUCCCAUUGGGUGGAAAAGUAGGAUAGAAAUUUUAUGAAUACCCCAAAAAUAUAAUUUAGGGCUGUUUAUGUUCCAUCAGCCUUCAUGUUUCACCGAGCAUUAAAUGGACUACAAUAUUCUUGCCUUGACGGUAAUAGUCUCGCCUUUCUUUUGUAUCUCACAAAACAUGCCUUACUCCACAAGAUGCAUAGUUCUCUAUUUUGUGGACAGACCAUCUUUCCUUCACAUUCUAUGAAGUAGCAUCUCGCCUACAUGGGCUCAGAAGGUGCACAGGAUCAGAUCUGGUUAAUAUGCAGAAUAGGGGACUGCCAUAAAAUACUAGGGAUGUAGGAUAGACUGACGAGUACAAAUAACCCCCACAAAAAUCCCUGGUUGAAGCCAACAGUGAACUAAUUGUGUGCCAGAAAGCUACAUAAAUGUGUCUAUGUUGAUCUUAGUUCCUUGUUGCAUUACAGUGCAAAUUGGUAUGUAUUAUAUGCGGUUCUCUGCUCUCCCUUGCUUGCCACGCUUCAUGCCUUUGAGACCAAUACUUAUUAUGGGACCAAGAUUUAGAUAUGGACCAAAAUCUUUCUUAUUGUCGUAAUCUUCUGAAAGUUAUAGCUCCAGAUAGAGCAGUGGACUGCACAUUCAAAAGAAAAACUUAAGUCAACCUCAACCCAAGAGCUACCGUAUUUUUCGGAGUACGAGAUGCACCUUUUUCCCCCCAAAAAGAGGGUGAAAAUCUGGGUGUGUUUUAUACUCCGAAUGUAGCCCCGCCCGGCUUCUCAAAUGGAAGUUCGAAAAAAGCUUCAGAAAAGAAGCCCCCAAACAGAGCUUCAGAAAAAAAGCCUCCAAACAGAGCUUCAGAAAAAAAGCCUCCAAACAGAGCUUCAGAAAAGAAGCCUCCAAACAGAGCUUCAGAAAAGAAGCCCCCAAACAAAGCUUCAGAGGCUUUUUUCCUGAAGCUGUUUCGGAGGCUUUCAGAGGCAGAAAAAAACAAUUUUUUCUGAAACAGAGUUUCAGAAGUUUCAGAGGCAGAAAAAAAAAGCAAGGCACAGAGCUCACAACCAAGGAACCUGUUGCUAAAAUUCACCUCUGGGAACAGCUGAUUGGGGGUAUUCCAGGAGGCCGAUCCAUCUGCCAAUCAACUUUUUUCUUAUUUUCCUCCCCAAAAAGUUGGGUCUUAUAUUCCGGUGCGUCUUAUACUCUGAAAAAUACGGUACUUUAUGCAGUUAGAUUGCAAUCCUAUGUGAUGGUAAGCUCCACGGAAUUAAAUGGAGCUAUUUUUUUUUAAUUGAUGUAUUUAGGAUUGCACUGGAUUUUAAUAAUAUAAUGGCAGAUGAAAAUCACCUAGUUUCUACAUUAUGUCUACUAGUUUUUACAUUAUGGCUACUAGUUUCUACAUUAUGGCUCAGAUUCAAGAAGCUUUCACAAAAAAAUAAUAAUAAAUGCCCAGUUUCUGUCUGUUCCAUAUACACAUGACAAUCAAAUCUGCCUGUGAAACAGAAUUUUCUUGGUUAGAAUGGCUGAUCUAUUUGUUAAAAUGUUGUCUGCAAUUAUACAAAAACAGUCCUAUGAUAUAAUGAAGGACAUAAGAUAAGGUGAUGUUAUACAUCAAUAUGUAUAUAUGUAUUUUUAUAUCAAUUUUGAGGAGUACAAAACAUUUAUGACAAGCUGUAUCACUGCCUUCGUUGAUAAUUUUUUUUUACUGUGAUAUAUUCCACAGGCAUGCUAACUGUUGCACUUUUAAAUGUCCAAAAUUUAUAUUUUAGAUAAGGAAUGAUAAGGAAAAGAUUGUUUCGAGUGGUAGUUUUGGGAAAUGUUUGGGAAGAAGAAGCUGGAAGAGUGACUAAAGGUACAAAAUGUAAUGCAAAUGCCCCUUUUCUUAUUUUUUUUUUUGUCUUUAAGAACAUGUAAAUUAAGAUCUUUAUAUUUCAAUAAAUGAUAUAUAUAUAUAAUUUAAAAAUA